GCCUCAUUUUAUUGGUAUUCCACUUCAAACACAUUUAAGGGACCAGUUUUAUAGAGGACCUGUUUAAAGUUAAAUAGGUCUAUAACCCGAUUAAAGCCUGUUUAUGGCAGCCCGAUUAAAGCCCGAAAUCGACCGACCCGAGUAUUGGUCGUAUCAUACCCUCUCUAGCUAAGCCCGUUUAGCUAAACGGACGUUCAUGGUGCAGCCUUAGAAAUUGGUUGAGCCCACUUAGAUCCGACCAAGACUGGCUCAGCCCGACCGCUUGACACCCCUGUUCCUAGUCUUAAAGAUUGAGUCAUGAAAUUAUCAGAAGCGAUUUUUAUUUCAAGAAAAAUCAUCCUCCUCAUAAAAGAGAAGAAAUAUGAUUCUGAACAUGAAUUAACCGAUCCAUGUUAGGAAGAUGGGUACUAUUCUGACAAGAGUAUACAAGAAACUGAGGGCCCGUUAGUUUUAAUCUGCAGAUGAGAAAAAAUUGGUAGUUUUGUUACUUAAAGGUGGUGGAAAAACAAAACUAGGCGAAAAUCAUCGUGAUGAUUUAUAUAUCUAUCUCUCUCAAAAUUCAAAAUUUUAUUAUAUAUCUAUUCUCUCUUAAAAUUCAAAAAAUUAUUAUUAUUAUUAUUAAUUUUUUUUUUUUAUUUGUUGACAACCAAGCAUAGCAUAAAGAUUUAUAUGUCAUUAGAAUAGGAUUGUUAAUAUCCCAGUGAAAUAAUUUAUAAUCUUAUACUUUUGCCCUUUUAAUAUAAUAAAUUUUUUUCCCAAUGGGGGUAAAUACUAUCAUUUAACAUAUAUAUGAUAAGUCGGUUCUAGCAUCUAGAAUUGCCCAAUGCCAUUUCUUUCUUAUUCAUAGGGAAUCCAAUGUUGUUGCGGUUUCCACAGCUCAAGAGGCUAUGUCUAAUGCGUGUAUGAAGAUUCGGCCAUAUUCCAUUCCGUGGCUGAAGGAAAUUUGUGAUCCUCAGGGGCUAGGCUUGUUAACUCUGUCGGCGGUGCUUCCUGCUCUCAAUCCACCCAACUGUCAAGAUAACAAUAGCAGUAGUUCUUGCCCUCCUGAAUUACAAAUCAUCCUUUUCUUCUUCUCUCUGUAUCUGGUGGCCUUUGCCCAAGGAGGGCACAAGCCAUGCGUACAAGCUUUUGGAGCUGAUCAGUUUGAUGCAAGAGAUCCAAAGGAAUGCAAAUCCAGAAGUUCCUUCUUCAACUGGUGGUAUUGUGCAUUUAAUGCUGGUAGUGUGGUUUCACUCACAGUUUUGAACUACAUACAAGAUAACAUGAACUGGGGUCUCGGCUUCGGAAUUCCAUGUGUUUCCAUGGUGUUAGCUCUUGCUGUCUUCCUUCUUGGAACCGAGACUUACCGCUAUAGUUUCAAGGAUGACAAUGGUAGCCCAAUAAUGAGAAUAUCCCGAGUGUUUUUCGUAGCAGCAAAGAAUUGGCGAAUCACCCCUUCAGCCCCCAUUGUUGAAGAGGAAGUAGGAGAAACUCACAGUUCUCAUGGUGCUCACCAAUACAGGUUUCUUGACAAAGCAUUGAUUACUACCUCAGACAGUCCAGAUGGUCUGAAGAAAGACCUAAAGGCAUGUAGCUUCAGUGAAGUGGAAGAAGCAAAGGCUGUAUUGAGAUUGUUUCCGAUAUGGGCUACAUGUUUGGUGUAUGCCAUUGCCUUUGCACAGUCGUCGACCUUUUUCAUAAAACAGGGUGCAACAAUGGACAGAUCAAUAGGUUCGGGCUUCAAGAUUCCAGCUGCAUCACUGCAGUGCUUCAUCAACUUAUCUAUUGUUCUUUUCAUUCCCAUCUUUGACCGCGUUAUCAUUCCAAUUUCCAGAGCUUUUACCAGGAAACCAUCUGGAAUAACAAUGCUCCAAAGAAUUGGAACAGGAAUGAUUCUAUCCAUGAUCUCCAUGGUGGUAGCAGCACUAGUUGAGAAGGAAAGGCUUAAGAUUGCCAUGGACUCUGGGCUUGUAGAUAAUCCAAAAGCAACGGUUCCAAUGAGUGUGUGGUGGCUAGUUCCUCAAUUUGUACUGUUUGGAGUUGCUGAUGUCUUCACUAUGGUUGGACUGCAAGAAUUUUUCUAUGAUCAGGUGCCAAAUGGGCUGCAAAGUGUAGGUCUCUCCCUCUAUCUUAGCAUCUUUGGUGUAGGGAGCUUCCUUAGUAGCAUUCUUAUCUCUGUUAUUGAGAAGGCGACUAGUGGGAGUGGUGGAGAUAGCUGGUUUUCAAACAAUCUCAAUAGAGCACAUCUCGAUUACUUCUAUUGGCUUCUUGCUGGGCUCAGUACAGCAGGAGUGAUUGUCUACUGGUACUUUGCCAGAGGUUAUGUCUAUAAGAGGGAAAGAACAAUGUAAGGGGCCUUUUUUGAACAGUAUAUAUUCAAAAUACAAGAAGGUGAUUACAACUAUGUUAGCGAGGCUAAAUCAUGACUGCCCUGAGGAGUUUUUGGUGUUUGGCCUUAUUAGAUAUAUAAUAGUUCUGUAUAGAAAAUCUGUUAGUUUUUACCGUUUUGUUUUUGUGAUCAUUAGUUGUUGCCUAAAUUUUGGACAUACAGAGAGCAUAGCUCAUACACUUAUUUACAUCAUUUUGAAAUAAUGAAUUGGAGAAUUCA